GUUUUUGUUCCUUUUUUUGUUUUUUUCACUAGCAUUCAUUUUGUGGCCUUGAUGACACAACUGAGCCAAGACAUGUGGUUAUUAAAAGAACCUAUGGAGUGAACAGCUGAGUCCACAUGCAAAAAAUAUAGAAAAUAUUUAUUAAGCAUCUUUAAAUUGGUGCAUUUUUUCAUAAAAGUGUUUGCAUAAUACUUGAAGCUGCAAAAUAUUUGAACUUACAAUUAGAGGUUUUUUAAAAUCUAUAGCUUCAAGCUGGAAUGAUUUGAUAAUCAAAUAGGGACCAGCACAUCAUACACACUGAAAAAAGUAUAACGAGAAUUUACACUCACACACCAAUCAAACACUGGAAAAAAAAAACAAGUGCAAUUAUUGGAUGCUAUGUGAACUGUUCUCUACCAAAUAGUUUUCUUACAGUACUGAGAUCUUUGUCUCCAUACUGCAUGCUUUCAACAAAUGUCGUUUGCAUUUCACGCAGAUAACACAAAAUCUCCUUUUUAGUAUCCAUAUAAAAAAGAUAAGUGUUUGACAAUAAAUUCUCUGUAGUAAAUAUCUGAGAGGUUAAAAAAAAAAAAGAACAAAAAAAAAAAAAAAAAAAAGAGAAAAAAACCAAAAACUGUUCUGUGUUGAAAACAAAGAGAGAUUUAUAGCCCCACAGUGACAAAAUUCAUAUUAAAUUCAUAAGUUGGAAAUUCACAAGUGGAGAAGAUGUAGAGUUUGGAGAAAAGGCAGGAUGUUAGAUUGGACUAGAUCUUGGAAAUGGGUAAGAGCUGCAUGGCAGAACUGAAGUUUUGAACGUUCCUAGAAAAUUAAGGCAAUAAUUUGUGAUGAUAGCCCUGUGAGAAUGGAAGAUCAUGAGAUGGACUGAGAGGUCAGGAAAACAGAAUGCAUGGUGUGCUGUCCUCAGUUCUUCAGGAAGGAAGAAAGACUUGAAGAUAUGUGUGUGUAGAUGAAUGUGCUAAGCAGAUAAGCAUUUGUAAAGAAAUAUCUGGGAAAAUUUUAUCCUCACAAAAGAAAGUUGACAUUAGCAACCAGGAAUUAAAAAUUGCACAAUUUCAGCCAGCAGAGGUGAACAUACACAGUCAAGGACAUUAACCACCUGAAAUGCAAGAAAAACUUCUUGUGAAGCACAGAUUGAAAAAAUGAAAGUUGAAAACAGUUGUUAAAGAUGGAGAACAGUAAGAAAAAUUCAAGAAGGUUGGGUUUUUCUUUCAAGAAAAGAAAAACAAUUUGCUCUUUCAGGGCUGAAAGGACAUUGUGAAGAAAUAAGUAAUUUUGAUUAUUCUGGAAUGUAGAGGCAAGUUGACAAUAUUAUUAAAAGCACAACAUUUGAAGACAACUUUCUCCUCAGAAUUUUACGGAAUAUCUCUACGUUAAAAAGGGCUGAGUAGAAAACGGCAGAGGGACAGGUCUGCUUCCAUGGACAUACUGAACUCCAACACAAAAGUAGAGCGGAAUAAGAUGGUUAUGGUAAUAUACUGGAUAAAGUGAAAGUUAUAAUUAGAAAAAAUAAAGCAAGGAACCAUCAAAGCAACACAAAUAAAGCUGAAGAACAGAUUUAUCUUAGCAACUGAAUAUCUCCCUUUUGGAGCAGGAAGCAGCUUCAGAAGAAGCCAGCUCUCUCAAAUCUUUUAGGCUCUGAAGUAAGAUCAGAGAUGAAAAAUCACCAGCCAAGAUGAUUUAUCUGCUGAAGUAGCUAGAGCACUCGACAACAUUAUUUCAGUCAGAUGUUGCGAACUGGAGAUCAUUUGAGUGUCUGAAAAAUCCUGUUUCCUGGCACAAAGCACAACAAAAGUUAGAAACUUUAGAGUUUUCUUCAGAGAAAGAAUUUGUUUGGUUCAAAAAGGAACAGGCAUUCACAGAAUGUGUUUUCACAUAGAGACUUUUCAUGUUUUAGUUAAAACUUUUUAGCACUAUGAUAACUGAAUGUGGAAAGAUUAGCUCUUUACUGCAAAAUAAAAAGUUUAGUCUGAAGAGAGACCACAACAGUGGUAAUCAGAACUUUGGAUAACCAAAACAGAAACUGAUGAUGUGACAGAAAUUGGGAAGAGACUGGAUUGACUUGGGGAAGAAGCGCUAUUCUACCAGAUGUAGCUUUGCUCCUCACUUAUUUGGAAAUUAAACUGGAAGCACAGACAAACGAUCACCCAACACGUGACUGCAACAUUAAGUGCUCUGCAAAGACAGGAGGUGGUCUUGUUACAAAGCAGAAAAGGAUUUAGAAGAUGCAAGCAUACCUGAUGAGCAAGAAAGCAGUGUUGGACAAGAGAAUUUGAACCUCAGAAUAAAAGAGCUGGAGAAAUUGGAGCAAAAACUGAAAUGCACUUUAGACGACUACAUGGAGUCAGAUUCUGUGCUAAGAAAUAGGAUGAAAGAACUGGAGCUGUCACACAGAACACUUCUUGUAAUGAUUGAUCAACUAAACGUGAAAGUGCACCAUUUUGAAAAGGCAAAUGUGCAUGUUAAAGGGAAACUGCGAGAAGUUUGGGAGGAGCUGCUGAGCUUGGUUGAAAACCAAGAGAAGUCAGAGAAGAAACAAAAGGAGAAAUUACAUUGGCUUCUGGAGCAGCUGAAGACAAAAGAAAAUGAACUAAAAAGCCAAUCUGAGUAUUUUGAGCACUACAAACAAAGGCAGAAGCAACAGACAUCAGUGCUGAGAAAAAGGGAAUGUUACCUUCAGGAUGAGGUGUUUAGACUGGAAAAGCAAGUGCUAGAUCUCAGUGCCCAUAUUGCUCUUUUGACAUCUGAGUUAGGAGAGGGAAUGGCACAGGGUCUCCAUAAGAAGCUGGAAUCAGCAUCCAAAGGCACGCAGAGCUAUAAGCAUUCUAAUAUGCAACUCACAGAAUUGAAAAACUCCAUUGGAAAUGUGGAGCAUGACAUGAAAAUCCACUUUGAGUCAUUUCAGAAAAAUCUGAAGUUCUUAAGGGAUAAAGAGGAGGACAACAGAAGAGAAAGAGCAGACCUGCUGACUCAGCUCCAGUGCUCCCAGGACACCGAAGACUUUCUCAGGAGAAAAUUGGAAGAAUCUUGUCAUCAUGUCUAUAAUCUGAAACUAUCUGAAAUCAAACUACAGGAACAAGUGAACAAGCUUUUGGAUGAAAACAAGUCUUUAAAAUAUCAAGCUAGGGUGAGGUUAAAAAAGAAAGAAGAAAAGGACUUGCAGCUUACAAGACCAGAAAGUACAGACAACAGUGCUGACUUGAACAGAGACCUACACCAGCAAGAUGUUCAAAACCAGAAAAGGGGAGCAAUCACAGAUCAACAGAGAAGCAGAGCUGCUCAAACUCCAAUUGUGCUGCUGCAUGCCAUGGAGUAUGUAACAGAAACACUGGGAUACAGCUGUGAUGGGCCUAAACAGACAAAAAGGCUACGAGAAGAACUGCUGCCAGUUUUGGAGCACAAUUCCAACACCCUUGCAAAUGCUGCUGAAGAACUCGGUUCUGCUAAGACCAAACUGGUCACCCUAGGAACAAAAAGUACAGGUGCUUCAGAAGACAGUUUCACGUUGUUUAGAUGUACCCCCAGCUAUUCUAUGGCAAGACUGCUUCCACCUUGCUCUGAAAAAGUAACUAACGGAGAAACAAGCAAAGGAAACAAAGAUGGAGAAUACUUUUCUUUCUUGAAAGAACAAGCUAUACAUCUACCAGCAAAAAUGUUCCCUGUUUCUGUGGUUGAAGAUUUGAUGAGAAACAAACCCAACAUUAUCUUGUUAAAACCGGAAAGCUAUGAGGUAGAGGCUGUCACAACAGUGAAGAAAGUGAGGAGUUUGGAUUUCAGUGGGGCAAAUACCAGUCUUUGCUUGGAUGGUCUCUGUGUUGUUACAGAAGAAGGUUUUUCUGAUAAAGCUCCUACAUCUCUUUGCGGAAAUAUUCCAUGUUCUAUGAUUAAAAAUUUUGCAUCCUCUCUUCAAAAAUACAGAGUGGAAAAGCAUCACCAAAAGAAAUUAAUUCUACCAAAAAGUGAAAGUAAGAAUAAAAGUUCAGAUAAAAGUGUUCAUGAUAGAAAAUAUCACCAAAAAAUCUUUAGAUCGAGAAUUAAAGGAGAAGAAAUACAGACUGAGAAAUCCCAAGUACAACAGAUAAUCUCUGUUUUUGGGGAAAAUUCUAAUGUUUUAAAUAAGAGAGGUUUGAUAAAGCCUGAGAAUCAGGGAAUUGAAGCCAAAGACAAACGAGGUACUCCACAAGGUGUCCACAAAAUAUCUGUGCAUGUGAAAGACUUUCAGAUGCAUUUCAGAGAGAGUCCUGAACGAGUGGAGAAACAAGGAAGACUCACAGAAAUCUGCAUAUCUGAUGUGAUGAGGGUGUGCAAAGGUGGAGACACGAUAAAAAUGGGAGAGGAAAAGAAGAAACCUCAGAAGACAACUCACCAAAUAAACCCUUCAAGAAAUAUUGGACUGAAAGAAAAAAAAGUCCAGUCCCUGAAACUACAUGAAUCAAAUGAGAAUAAUUUCUCAUGUCAGGAAAUUGCUGCUGAAAGCAUGCAAUGUACGUACUCUCAGAAAUGUUUUUGGUCAGAGGAAGAGGGUAAUCCACUAAACAUAUUGUUUCCUAUGCAGAAGAGGUCAUUGUGUUUAAGCAAACAGUUCUUGUCAGAGAACAAUUUUUCUGAAUAUUUCUUUCACUUGUCACCACCAGCAGCGGUUCAUGAGUGUAAUAUGAAAACAUAUGUAUUGGAAAAAUUAGUGGCAAUGUGUUCACAGAGGAUAUUUCUGCUGAUGCAAGAGAAUGAAAACUACUUUAAAAAGGUCUGUGUAUUACAAGAGGAGAAUGAGAGAUGCGUUCAGAAGAUGCGUGCACUGGAAGAGGACAUGAAUGCAUAUUUUCAGUACGCUUUAGAAGCUGAUGAUGAUAACAGUGUUUCUUUUCAAAAUUUACUCAAUGAGAAUGAAAUUGUUGGUAAAUGUUAUAAUGUGUCAGAAGGAAAUACCAAGAGUCCAGGAACAAUUUUUGCUAAAACCAUCUCUAAGAAUCUCUCUUACAUUGAUGAGAGAAGUAGGAAUUUGGGGAAAGACUUAUUACCAAUUGAAUUAGAUAAACUUCCCAAGAGUGUUUUACCUCUAGAUAGAAAGAAAAUUAGAUAUUUUCAGCUACUUUCUGACCUAAAAGAAGAAAGAAGAAGGUGCUUCAAAGAAAUGGCUAAAUUAUUACAAGACAAGGAAAACUAUAUAGCAAAAUAUAAUGAAUUAACACAUGAGAGAGAGGGAAACUUAAAAAGAAUAUCUCUUUUAGAAGGUGAAAAGGAAAAUUUAUUGGUAAGUUUGGCAGAUAUAAAAUGUGAACAAGAUAAAUACCGGACCUUGGUCUCAGAACUUCAGGAGUGCAAAACUAGCUGUUAUCAGACUAUUUCUGACUUACAGGAGGAAAAAUGUAUCCUGAAAAGAGCUAUAGACCAAAUUAAAAAAGAAAAUGCAGAACAACUUGGUGAGUUUCAGAAAGCAAAUGCUGACUUCAUUUUAGAAAAUAACAAAUUGAAAGAAUUAAUGUGUUCUUUGGGUUUCUCCUAUGAAGAUCUGAGGAAAGAAAUAAGUUUGGGAACAAAGGAAAAGGUAGUAAAAAUAAAAGAAGAAAAUAAAACUCAACAGUAUGGUGUUAAGCCAAGGAAAGUUGAAACAGCGUGUGGUGUAACUCAGACUGAAGAAGAAGGAAGAGACACGUCCAGCUAUUUCCACAGCAAAGAGAGCAGGAGGUCUGAAAGCUACAGUGCGAUGAAAGAACAAGUGGAAAGGACAAAAGAGGAGUUAAAAACACAGCAAAAAGAAUUAGAAAAAUCAAAGAGAGAGGCUCAGAAAUGGUACAGGGAACUUGGCUUUGCUGAAACCAGAUAUGAAGAAAUCAAGACUUAUUUAACACAUGUUCUCUCAGAAUUAGACUGUCUUAAACAAGAAGCUGAAGACAAAACUCUUGGAAAGCAGCACUGCAAAUUAAUGCCGAUGUACGCCAUGAAAGGUGCCCAGGAAAUGGAGGAAAAUAAAAUAUCCAAUAAGAGAUUACAGCAGCAAGUACUGACCUUGAAAGCCCAGCUCAGGGACCAGACUGCAUUACAAAAUCAGUUUUACGACUUGCAAAAUAAAGUGGAACUCCUUCAGGCUCAGCUGUGUGAAAAGGUAUAAGCAAACUGGUGUCUGUGUGCUUGAAUAGGUGGACUGAUGUGGGCUCAGACUUCAGAUUCUACUUCUUUCUUCCCAAACGAAAGAGCCAAAAUAAUCUUUUUUCUUUUUCUUUUUCUUUUUUCCCCUGGGAAUGAGUCUGGGGAUAAUUAAGUGGUUUACAGGCAUAUCAAAUUCCCCGACUUCAGAGAAAUAGGAAAAGAUGUAAACUGCCUGGGUGGUCAACAUUAUGGAAAGAUGAUAGUCUCUCUAUAAUAAAAACUUGCCACCAAUCUCUUCUGUAAUCCCCAUAUCGUAAUCCAAGAAAAGUGCUGAGUUUUCUUACCGAACCACCUCCUUGGCUUAAGUUGCCAGAAUUUUUAACAUUCCCAGCUGUCUUUUUGCACCAGAAUUUUGUAGCUUUUUUUUAUCCAGCAGUUAGGGUUACAUAUUUAGAGAUUCAGUUGUAUGCAUGGUGUAGAUUAUUUUUUUAAAAUUGACAUUAUUAUUCUGUUGGAAGCUUCCAUGUACAUGCAGGUCUACUUACAUUAACAGUUUCUAGAUCUGCGCAUUGUAUUUCAGAGGGCACAC